AUGACCUGCCGUGCCUACACCACCACCAACGACUGGGACAUCAACGACAGCGCUAUACCGAGGAUCGACGAGUACGAUCCUUUCAGCGAAUGGGCGGACGGCCAUUGCCGAUUAGUAUACAGGGCGGACAGCGAGGAGGCCAAGAGGCACUCCUCGGGCUGGGCCAUGCGGAACACCAACAACCACAACGUGCACAUCCUGAAGAAGAGCUGCCUGGGGGUGCUGGUGUGCUCUUUGAGGUGCACCCUGAGCAAUGGGGACACGGUGCACCUGAGGCCGGCCAUAUGCGACAAGGCCAGGAAAAAACAACAAGGUCUGUUCGGUGUGAAAAAUGCUUUCCCGACCCAUAUAUCGUGUUUCCAACACUCGUUGCACUCGAAAACCGAACUCAAUACCUGUUACUCACCACAACAACCUGAUGCUCACUCGAGACAACAUGUUGCUAGCUCAAAACAAUCUGUUGUUCAGGUUGCUCACUCACAACAACUUGUUGCUCGUUCACAACAACCUUUUGCUCACUCUCUUACUACCUGUCGAUCCGGAAAACCACUUCCUGGCCCUCUUUAUCGCUAUUCCAGUAAUUCUUGUUCUCGAAAACCCUACACAACACCUGUUGCUUGGAAAACCCUACCCGGGCUGCCAGUGCAUGGACCCCCAAAUCGAAUUUCCACUACUAUUUGCUCUCGAAAACCUCACCCAAUACCUGGUGCUCACUCGCAACAGUCUGUUUCUGACUCACAACAACCUGUUGAUUACUCACAACAACCUGUCGCUGCCUCACAACAACCUGUUGCUAGUUCACAACAACCUGUUGCUCGUUCACAACAACCUGUUGCUCGUUCACAACAACCUGUUGCUCGCUCCCUAACAACCUGGAAGCCGUGUCCGAACCGGCAAUGCACGGGCCGGCUGGAGAUCCUGCCUUGCAGGGGCCACUGCGGCUACCCGGUGACCCACUUCUGGCGGCACACCGAGCACGCCAUCUUCUUCCAGGCGAAGGGGAUGCACGACCACCCCCGGCCGGAGGCGAAGAGUACGUCAGAAGCGCGGAGGACGUUGGGGACGGGCCGAAGGGUGCGAGGUCUGGCAGUCUUGCUGGCCAAGGAGGCGGCAUUGGGGAAUAAGUUGAUGUCUUUGAGAGAACCAAAACGACAAUGUAGAGAAAUAACGAAUCAAGUCCCAAGAAAUAUAAAUCCUCAGGUGAUAAUAUCGGAUACUGAAAAAGGGUAUUGUUCCUGUCCACCCUUCGAAUGCAUCUGCAGCUACCAACAGCCAUUCAUAACCUCCGUCAACCCCUACCCCACGUCUCCCACCUCCUACCAACAACCCCAAAUGGUCGAACCCUACUGGCCCCCCGAAACGCCCCAACAGCAACCCUACCAAACGGACCUCGCCCCCCUCAACCACCAAUACGACUUCCCCAACAUCCCCACGGACCUUUUCCAGCCCGAAGAGAUCUUCCAGUUGGACCACCCGACCAAACCGGACUACGUACCGGUCAACCAGAACCCGGACUUGGCGUCCAGGAGUCCACCUACCCUGCUGGACCUAGGCAGCGGCACCAUCCACAAAGAGUUCAAGACGGAGGACUACUGGAGCCCCAGCAUCAGCAACAUGCUGAACGACGACAGCAACGCCAGCAGCAACAGCAACAGCAGGUUCAAUUUGAGCCAGAGUCCGGAUAACAGCCAGGUCUUGCUCAACAAUAACCUGCCGCAGGUCGAUCACACCCUGUAUUUGGACCCAAAAGUAGCUGAAAGUCACUUUCCGAUGCAGAAGAGCCACUACUAUCCCCAAAGCUCUAGCUAUGAAUUGCCGGAGAGCAAAGCUGCUUACGCAGUGGAAGAGAAGUGCUUUCCUAGCUUCGAGACCUACCAGACCCCCAAAACCUAUUCUAAGUCAAUCUACCCCGAUGAGUAUAUCGAUCUCACACAGUACAACGAGUACAACCAAUUGUUCAAUGUGUACGACAAUAGCAAAGCUAGUAGCGAAAGUAGUUCAAUGUUCAAUGAUCUCGAUUUUAGGAUCUCGACUAACCCUAGCUGCGCCCCUAGUAUUACUAAUUUGCAUAGCUAUAGUCAUGACUCUUUCGAUGUGAUUCCCCACCAAUAA